GACCGCGCAUGCGCACUGACGCAGUUUGUCUGGGCCGGUAGAGCGGAGGCGCGCGCGGACAGACUCGGGCUAAAAUCAGAGCUAAUCCGCUACUGACGACCGGAUAAACGGGUCCACCGCCGGUACACCACCCGUACACCACCGGUACACCACCCGUACACCACCCGUACACCACCCGUACACCACCCCACAGCGGACUGUACAGCGCGGAGACCCAGUGUGACGUGAUAAAAGUCAAGUUUAUUGUUGGAGCUGCGGCGGCGUCAGUCAGACAGACAGACAGACGGUGUGUGUGUAAGUGUGUGUAAGUGUGUGUGUGUGUGGCCAUGGCGUGCGGUGCCACCCUGAAGCGGUCUCUGGAGUUCGACCCGGUUCUGACCCAGAGCUCCCCGAAGCGCAGGCGCUGUGCCCCGGGCUCCCCCUCCCCCUCCGUCACCUUUUCCCCCUCCUCCUCCCCCCGGAAGUACCUGCGGCUCGAGCCCUCACCUUUCAGCCAGGGGAACACCACGCCCACUCCAGAACAAAUUCUGCACAACAUUAAACAGGAGUAUAAACGCAUGAAGAGACGACACCUGGAGACCAGCUUCACAGACCCACCCCUCAUCGACCCCCAGCCCAGCACCUCCAUCACUGGUGUGUGUGUGGGCUCGUUGUCCCCCAGUAGAAGGGAGCAGCCUCUGUUCAGUCUGAAGCAGGUGGGUCUGAUCUGUGAGCGUCGACUGAAGGAGCGAGAGGACAAGGUGAGGGAGGAGUACGAGGAGACGCUCAUCGCUAAACUCGCAGAACAAUACGACACGUUUGUGAAGUUCACUCAUGAUCAGCUCAUGCGAAGGUUUGGAGAGCAACCUGCAAGCUAUGUGUCGUGAGUGUGUGUGUGUGUGUGUGUGUGUAGAUCUCCACAGUUGCUGCUCCGUGUGGUCAGGGUCUGCGCUUCCCGGAGUCACCAGACUUUACUUCAGUGUAACAGUUAAUCAGAGCUGCUGUGCUGCUGGUGCACACCUCGGCCCUGCGUGUGUGUGUGCGUGUGUGUGUGUGUGUGUGUUUUUAAUUUCCACAUCUCAUAUUUAUUACACUUCUCUCUUUUAAUGCCAGUUAAAAACAUCAUUUCAUCUUAUCCUCCAUAGUGUGUGUGAGUGUGUGAGUGUGUGAGUGUGUGUGUGAGUGUGUGUGUGUGUGUGUGUGUGUGUGUGUGAGUUUUUAGUCCUCUCCUCUUGUCUUUGUAAAGGUGCAGCAUUCACAUGUACAAAUCACUGGUAUAUUUUGAUAAAGUUUUUUCCCCUCUUGUUUUAAAUGAUGUCGUUUGUCCUCGGCUCGGGGGGACGCUUCUGCGCGUCUGCUUCUGCGCGUCUGCUUCUGCGCGUCUGCUUCUGCGCGUCUGCUUCUGCGCGUCUGCGUCCCGGCUGCUGGAUUUGAACCCUUUAUCUGACUUUUAUUUGAUGAUGUAUCCCAAUAAACAGUUUACACAACA